UAUUAUCAGACUUCUCGUUCUGCUUGUAUAUUAAUAAUAGUUUGGAAGCGAAGUGGAGAGUUUGGUAGCUAAAGCGAAGCUGUUCACCAUGGCGGCAGUAAGCUUCGGCCAUAGAAAAUAUAUUCGCCCGUGGCCAAUCCUUAUAUUGCUCAGUGUCGCUCUGCUGCUAGUUUUAAGGAAUCUGCAGAACCUCCAGAUUAGGCUGGGAUUAAGCGUAUAUGACUACCUGGACUGUUUCGAGCUCCAGAGACAGGACUCCCCUCGAACACGGGAUUUGCAGCGCCUGGUAAAGUGUCGGAAUCGUCCGCUUCGCUUCCAGAGACUCCAGCACGGCGAGUUCUGGCUGCUUCAGAACUUGGUAAUCGGACGAAAGAGCAGUCAGGUCGGCUGCACAGAGUCCAUUACCUACACAACGAACGGAGAUUAUACGUUUUUCGAUAACCUGGAGACGGUAGUUGAACGCUGGGGCGGUCCCGUCAGCUUUGCCAUUCAUGCACCUGGCUACGAUCUGAAUGCCACCUUGGAUGCCAUUCAGUAUGUCCGGAACUGUCUGCCGGGCAGUGAAGCCAUCAGUGAUUGGGUAAGCUUCCAUGUGUAUUUCUCCAACCAGCACAUGCCGGAGAAUGUGCCUUACGACGAGGAUGAGGUACUGGCCCGGCCGUAUGUCUGUACUAUGGCCGACGGCUUUCUGAUUCCGCCUCCGUACACGCUCAUCGAUCGCAGCGACAGCUACAAGGUGAAGGCGAACCUCACCUAUCCAAUAAAUGUGGGCAGGAAUAUUGCGAGGCAGGCGGCCAAUACCCACUUCAUCUUUGCCUGCGACAUCGAGUUGUAUCCCAGCCUUGGGUUUGUGGAUCAAUUCCUGGACAUGGUGUCUCAGAAUCAUAGUGUCCUGGCCCUGGAUCCCAGCCAGCCGCGACGUGUGUAUCCUUUGGCAGUUUUUGAGAUUGAGGCGAGAGCUCAAAUCCCCAAAAACAAAGCCGAGUUGAUGGAUCUCUAUAGGAAGAAACAGGCACAGAUCUUCCACUUGAAGCUCUGUUCCACCUGCCACGAGAUUCCCGGCCAGCAAGAUUGGCUUAAUCGGACUCCCAGCAUCAAGGAUCAUCUGCAGUUAUUUAGCAUGGGACGUCGGGAGUAUAAGUUCAAGUUCUGGGAGCCCUUCUACGUAAGCGACAAAACGGAGCCGCUGUUCGAUGAGCGGGUCUCCUGGGAGGGCCAGUCUGACAAGCGGACUCAGAACUAUGACAUGUGCUUGUUGGGUUACGAAUACUACGCCUUGCAUCCCGCUUUUCUAGUGCACAGUCCCGGCAUCAAGAAAUUAGCCAAGACCUCUUCGAACCGCCUGAAAUAUGUUGAGGAAAUGAACAAGUUCAUCAAGUUUAAGAUCGAGCCAGAAUACCGAGUGCUGUAUGGUCGGAACGCAGCCUGCACGACCUGACAAUACGUAUAUGUAGGUGUUUGCCCCAACAACAAGUGAUAUUACAAUCUGUUAAAUACUUUUUGCUUGCUAUCGGCAAUAUUUAUUUUAUUUGUGGCAAUGCCAGAGAGUUCACCGAUGUCCGGCCUAAGCAGAUUUCUGAUAUUCAUAUGAUGUGAUCAGUAAAUAAAGUAUUUAUUUAUAAAAAUA